GUGGUGCUUGUUGGCGGAGUCCGGUGGAGCUGCUGCUCUUCUGUCCCUGCGGGCGUUUAAACACAAAACCUUUCCUGGAAACAGAUUCCGGGAAGCGCUGUGAGUGCCGCUGAACCGAGCUGCUGUCUGCUCUGCGCCUCACUCCGUAACGGGAGCGCUUCAGUCGCAGUUCGUACCUGCAGCAGACCGCAUGCAUUUUUUAAAAUACAAUUUUGUAGGACUGAUGCAGAAACUUUGAAGGAACGCUUAUUAUUUUUCGCUGUCAGACACUCUGUUUAAAUAUUCAGUCAUCACUCGCUGGACUUCCUGCAGAUGUUUUUGUACACUGGUUGCAAGCCUUAUGAGUUUUCGUGAUUUGAGGUGCACUGUCGGUCAGAAAUGGUUGCUCGGGCAGUGACCAUUUUCCAUCACGAGGAACAGAGAAACUCAUGUUGCUCAGAUCCUGUCCCUCCAUCCUGGGACCCAGCAGAUGACCUCCGCUGUAUCACCACCACCUUCCAGUACCUGCAGACUUCUGGUUGGUACUGGGGUUCCAUCUCAGCAAGUAAAGCUCGGGAAACUCUCCUCACAAAGUCUGAAGGCACAUUCCUGGUGCGGGACAGCAGCCAUCCUCAGUACAUGCUGGCUCUGUCAGUGAAGACCCGCUUUGGACCUACCAGUGUGCGUAUAGAGUACAGCAGAGGCUGUUUCUGGCUCGACUCCAUUUCCCCUGGCCUGCCUCAGCUGCAGUCCUUCCCAGAUGUUCUCAGCCUUGUACAGCACUACACCUGCUCAGGCCACCCACCACAAGGUCAGACAUCUAGUGACAUUCACCCCCAAACGAUGCCUGACCCUUCGCAGCAUGCAGCUAAAGACAGCGGAGUCCCCCUGAUGCUGAAGCGUCCGUUGCACAGACUGGAGGUUUUCCCCUCUUUGCAGCACCUGGCACGGCUCACCAUCAACAGUCACACAAACCGCCCCAACCAGCUGCCCCUCCCAAAGCCUCUUCUGUGCUACCUGCAGGACUAUCCUUUCUCGAUAUAAUAUCUGUCCCUCAGAUACAAGACAAACAGACUGGAACAUGGUCGCAUCCAUGAGCACAUACUGUGAAUCUGGGACAUUUUAAGACCCCAGAAAGAAGAACUGUCUGAUAUAUUUAUGUAUAAUAAACCACUCUUGACCUCACUGCUCAUGAAUGAGCUCAUUCCAUUGCCACUGUUAUUCUUCAGUAAAUAUUCAGUUAUUUUUACACGUCUGCCUCAGCUGCUGUGACAUGUGAAAUGCCAAUGUGUGAGUUGUUGUCUUUCAUUCUUUUUUUUUUUUGUGGCCCAGUGAGAAGAAAGCAGUUCCUAAACCAGCGCUUUCAAGUGUUUUUCAAUAAGGCAGCCUCCACUUAUAAAUAAUAAAUCAGUAAAAACAAAAUUGCUGCUCUGUGCUUUCUUGUUCCUGUGGAGAUGACAUUAGCAACAAUUUGAGGUUUUGCGGGUUAAGAGCAACUGCUUUUCUCAGUAUUGGAGCCCACUGGUGGGGGGGGGAAGACACAAAAUUACAAGGAACAAAUUAAAACUCCAAAAUAAACACAAACAGAUUCAAAGUCUGCACAAAGAAACAAAACAGCAUGCGAGAGAAAUAAAUGAAACAGAAAGAGACACAAGAUUGCAGACAUGAGUCUGUACCCAGAGUCUGGCUGUGGGUACCGUGUGUGCAUAUAAUGUGUUGUGGAUUUCUUUAAGGUUCACAAUCCUGAUAGAAAUCAGAUAUCUCUCGUUUACAGAAGGAAUAAAAUCCUUACCAGCAUCAAAUGUUCAGCAAAUACAAAAGCUAACAA